AUGGUCGAGCUGUACAGCAGCGUAGAUGGCGGGACAGCAUCCAGUCGCAUCAAGCGAAAAGACGAUCCGCACAACCGUCGCACUGAACGUUCAACCAGCGUCGACCGCAUCAUGAAGUUGUUGGACGGGUUUACAUUGCUGAUCACCGGCGACUCAGGAGGCGCGGUGGCCGCCGCCUUCGAUGACGCGUCAAUGUCGCGGUUACUCCUUUGCGCCAGCAACGGGCCUUCCCCGUCCCAAGAGAAGCACGCCGAGGAGAUCUUUGCCCUGCUGCGCGCCUAUGCACCUGCGAACGCGGCAGAGACGCACGUACAGCUUCGUAAGAUGACCUACACAUACGGCGCCGCGAGCAUCAAGGCGCGGAUGUCGGGAAUCUGGAAGUCCUUAUACGGCGAUCAGCAUACAAUGGAGGAGUUAGGGAGGGCCAUUGAGAUAUGGGAGAAGGAGGAUGACAAACCUGUCUCCGCGUCCGACUGGGUCCCUGGUUGGGACGCCCUCCGGGGGGUCUACGGGGAGGUAGCGAGCCUGCGCGCCGCGGAUCUCGCCAUGAGGAUGCUCGACGAAACGUACACGCGGGUUGAGUGGUGCGAAGAGGCGAAGGACAUCGUCCUGCCGGGCGAGGACGAACUCGAGCCCAUGUGCCUCGUCGCACACGUCCUCGGCUCAUCCCGCGUCCUGAGCGGGGACAAUAAGUCCAUCGCGCAACUCAGGAGACGCCUGCUAAAGCUAGGUAUGUUCUGGCGUGGCUCGCGGGACGUCCUGGACUGGGCGAGAUGCCAAUCGGAGGCGGGGAGCGUUAUCGGACACGGCUGGGUUCCCAACGAUUCUGCAUCAGAGGAACACAUUCCUGCUCUCCCCGCAGGUGUUGAUCCUACUAUGCUCAUGGAUUCCCUUGCGAGACCCUGGGAAAGAGAAUCCUCCGUCACCCUUGAAAGGAAGUUUGCGGCAAUGUUUCCGUCCUGGAAUCUGCAGUAUUGA